AUGAGCUCGCAGAAUUCCGAACACCCGAUUAACCCCCACGACGCUCAUCACGAAUCGCAACCCGAUCUCGAUCCCUACGCUGCCCCGAGUGUCUACUAUGGCGUUAGCCACUCUACUAGGAAAAUGGCGAAAAGCCGCACAUACUCUGCUGUAAGCACGACGGCAUGGGCCCAGUCUACCCACUGGUCCCAACGUUUCGUGUGCUCACACUGUCGCCGGUACCUGAUUGACGUGGACGACACUUUGAAGACGCUCUUGGCUCGUGAAGACACCGAUCACAAUAUCCAGAUCACCAUUGAAGACUCUGGGCCGAAGACUCUUGAGCUUGGGACAGCUUCUUCGGGAGGAUACAAACGCUUCGAUGUCCGAGGCAACUACAUGCUCAGCAACUUGCUGCAAGAGCUUACUUUGGCCAAGAAGUAUGGUCGGAGGCAGAUUGUCUUGGAUGAGUCUCGUUUGAAUGAGAAUCCGGUCAACCGCAUGGCUCGUCUCAUCAAGGACCAGUUCUGGCCGAACCUGACGAGAAGGAUCGACGGUUCCAACAUUGCUGCUGUCGGCAGAGAUCCCAAGGAUUGGACAUCAGACCCUCGACCUCGCAUCUACAUUCCUCCCGGAGCACCAGAGCAGCACGCUUACUACACUCGCAUCGCACGAGAACAUCCUCACAUGCGCCUCGACGUUCGAUGGCUCAAGGAAGGUGCCGCAGAUGAUGACGAAUAUGUGCGCGACUUGAACAGCGCACCCGGCCUCCUCGCCAUUGAGAUGGAGCAGGUGGAAGACACGCCUGACGGGGAACCAGAUUUCAAAGGACUUCCUUUCGUCGUUCCAGGUGGUCGCUUCAACGAGCUCUACGGAUGGGACAGCUACAUGGAGACCCUCGGCCUACUCGUCUGCGAUCGCGUGGAUCUUUGCGAGGCCAUGGUCAAGCACUUCUGCUUCUGCAUUCGUCAUUACGGCAAGAUCCUGAACGCCAACAGAUCAUAUUACCUCCGCAGAUCACAGCCGCCCUUCCUCACCGACAUGGCUCUCCGCGUCUACGACCGUAUCAAGCAUAGGCCAGACAGCCUAGAGUUCUUGCGACGGGCCAUGCUCGCCGCCAUCAAGGACUACUAUUCGACAUGGAUGUCUAAACCUCGUUUCGAUCCAGAAUCUGGCCUAUCUCGAUAUGUGCCUGGAGGUCUUGGCGUGCCACCAGAGACCGAAGCGACUCACUUCGUCCAUGUGCUUACCCCAUACGCCAAGAAGCAUAACAUGACCUUCAAAGACUUCGUUCACGCAUACAACUACGGCCAUGUCUUUGAGCCAGAGUUGGACGAGUACUUCCUUCACGACCGAGCCGUUCGAGAAUCAGGCCACGACACUUCAUACCGCCUGGAAAAGGUUGCAGCUCAUUUGGCCACUGUCGAUCUCAAUUCGUGCUUGUACAAAUACGAAGUGGACAUUGCUCGAACGAUCCGUGCCUUCUUUGGCGACAAGCUGGAGAUUCCUGAGGAAUGGCGCCUGCCUGGACAUCCCGAGUUUGAAGUCUCUUCAGUCUGGGAUCGCCGUGCCAAGAAGCGCCGCCAGCUCAUGGACAAACUCAUGUGGGACGAGGAGGAAGGCAUGUUCUUCGACUACAACACAGUCAAAAAGCAACAGACUGGUUACGAAAGUGCCACCACAUUUUGGGCCAUGUGGGCAGGCGCAUGCACUCCGAGACAGGCUGCAGUCAUGGUUCAAAAGGCACUUCCGAAGUUUGAGGUUCAUGGCGGCCUUGUCUCUGGCACUGAAAAGUCUCGCGGCCCUGUUGGCGUGCAUCGCCCGAACCGUCAGUGGGAUUUCCCCUUCGGCUGGGCUCCACAGCAGAUUCUGGCCUGGACAGGCUUCUUGCGAUACGGAUUUGAAGAGGAAGCUCAGAGACUUUGCUAUCGCUGGAUUUACAUGUGCACGAAGGCAUUCGUCGACUUCAAUGGCGUGGUUGUGGAGAAGUACAAUGUGACGAGACAGGUUGAUCCUCACAAAGUGGAGGCAGAGUACGGCAACCAGGGAGGCGACUUCAAAGGUGUGGCGACAGAAGGCUUCGGCUGGGUCAACGCAUCCUACUGCUACGCCCUGCAGAUUGUCAAUGCGCACAUGAAGCGAGCUCUUGGUGCCGUCACACCUUGGGAUACCUUCAAGAAGAUGACAGAAGCUGCAGAAGAUCCAGUCGAUUUUCGCGAGAACUUGCAUACUCAGCAGUCGCACACUCCAGCACCAGUUCAACCUGCUGACGCGCAUCACGGUGGUGCCGGUGACACUCACAACGACGUGAAUUCGGGCACGAUGGCCUUGAAGGGCGUUUAG